AUGGGACGCCACAAUAAUGUUCUUAUGUACAACACGGACUACAUUGAGGCCCGAGCGGUCUGUGCCCUUGUCACCUCUUCCAUGCUUCGAAAGAAAGGAGGAAGUACAGAGCGGUCGAGUUUGCCGAAAUCCGAUGGGAUCUUCCCAGACUGUGGUGCAAACAAAAGCCUCAUCAUUGUUUGGCAGUCACCGAUGCAUUCCCGCUUUGGCCCCGAUCGACACCGCAACAAUAAGCUCAACUUCUUCCCCACAGAUCAGACGUCGCCGGUGAGAGGUCAAAGCUCUGUGUAUGGGAGCCAUCGAGAGUCAUUGAGCUUGGGCCUCCCUGGGAAAUGA